AUGGCCUCGCCCAUGUCGCUGAGAUCGCCAGUCACCCCGCCGUACGAUGAGGAUUACAGCCAGGGUAGUCCCAAGGGCAUGUUCGAGCCCGGCGUGAGAAACAGCCCGACGUCGUCUGCCCUGCCUGUCCCCACCAUGACCCUUUCUCCCCCCGCGAGCCCGCGCGCCGCGCGGACGAGCAAGAUGCCCAUGAGGUUGAGGAGCAACUCGGGCCUGUCGCUCCACACGAACGAAGACGCCUUCCGCCGGUACACCGACUACAACCCCGACGGGUCCCCGCGAUCCCCGACCUUCGGCACCGGCCUCUGGUCCAGCCUCGACGGCGUCUCGACGAGCCUGCGCCGCAGCUUCGCGCCGCCCGUCAUGGAGGUCGAGCCCGAGACGCUGCCCAUCCCGGACUUCCUCGGCCGCGAGGUCUUCCAGAUGAUCCUCGGCAACACCGCGGCGUCCCAGCGCUUCUUCCACUUCGCCCAGAGCCGCGGCAGCGGGCCCGACGUCGAGUUCCUCCUGCGCAUCCAGGAGUACUCCAGGUCGCUGGCCCAGUUCGGCAAGCAGGCCUCGGCCAUGCCCACGCCCGCGAACCUCCCGUCGGCCGUGAACAAGGCCCUCAACGCCGACAUGAAGCAGCUGACAAACGCCGUCCUGCCGGGCCUCGAGACCCUCUUCGCCGAGUCGACCCGCUGCGUCGAGCGCCGCAUCGCCCGCACGAUAUAUCCGGCCUUUGUGAAGCACCAGCUCGCCUUCUCCACGUCGGCCGCCAUGGCCGGUGGCGCCCGCGUCGGCAGCUUCAAGUACCCCGGCCUCGCCGAGUCCUUCUGCCUCGCAGACGCCCUCGGCCCCGACUACCCCGUCGUCGCCGUCUCGGACGCCUUCGUCGCGGUGACGGGGUACCCCAAGACCGAGGCGGUGUCGCGGAACUGCAGGUUCCUGCAGGGCUCGCUCACCGACCGGGACGCCGUCAAGCGGCUCCGCGACAGCGUCGCGCGGGAGGAGGAGUCGCUCGAGCUCGUCCUCAACUACCACCGCGACGGCACCCCCUACUGGAACCUGCUCUUCACCUGCCCGCUGACCGACGCCUCCGGCAAGCUGCGGUACUACCUGGGCGGGCAGGUCGACAUGUCCCAGGGCGUCGGCGACUACAAGGACCUCCUCCGGAUCCUCAACUCCGGCCCGCCGCCGGUUCUAGACGAAGCGAAGGAGGACGCCUCGGGCCGGGAAUCUCGCGUGAGCCGCCGGAUGAGCCGCGCCGGCAGCCGCGAGAGGAAACAAGAGCGGCGGACGAGCCUGCGCAGCCGGGACAGCUUGCACAACAAGGGUCCCAAGAAGAGCCUCUUCCAACCCUUCCGGAAGCAUGCGGCGGCGCACCACAACAGCAACAACAACACUGAAAACCAGGAGAACGCACAGCAACAGCAGCAGCAACAACAACACAACAACGUCGACGUCGUCCUCGAGCAGCUGCAGACCGUCUCGACCUCGGAGGAGCGCCUAUCCCUCGCGUCCCCGAUCGACCCGGCCUACCCGGCCUACAGUCGCCUGAUCGUCCUGCAGCACACCGACGGGCCCUCGGGCUUCCCGCCGCGGUCGUCGUCGCUGCCGGCCGACCCGAACAAGAGGAAGGCGACGCAGCUCAGCGUGGCCUUCUGCUCGGCCGCGGCGCUCGACGCCCUCGGCCUCGGCCUGUUCGCCGACAGCAUCGCGCACCGCGACAUCUUUGCCGUGCUCUCGGAGCUGGCGGACUCGCCGUCCGUGACCAAGAGCUUCCGGAACACGGUGCGCGAGCGGAUCCUGCGGGACGGCAAGUCUGCGACGCUGGACAUCAUGCUCGGGGGCGGGUACCUGGCGCGCAAGGGCAGCCUCAUCGGCCUCGGCGGCGGCGGCGGCGGCGGCGGUGGCGGGCGGUCGUCGAGGGCGGAUGACGCGGACGGUGGCAGCGGCGGCGGCGGCGCGAGGAGGCAUGGUCGGCCGGCCAGCCGGUCCGGGUUCGCGAGCCUGGUGGGAGAUGCGGGCGGCAAGAUGGAGAAGCUGACGAGCCACUGGACGCCGCUCAAGACGGCCGACGAGAGGGUCGACUGGGUCGUGGUCAUCAUCACGCCGAUGAUGAAGUAA